CUCUUGCCCGAGUAGCAUGUAGAUUUUGGUUGUUGUGGAUUCGUACGAGUGCGGUUUGCACGAGUUAACAAGUUUUAUUUAUAAUUUCCAUACUUCCCCUACAGCACGCGGUCGUUUCUGUUGCCUGCGAAACAAUUUGGUCGGUUAUUAAGUGAAUUUUAAUUGACCACGGUGGUGAUUCGGACUGCAACAUUGUUGCACAGUUAGCCAGAAAAACCAAAAUAAAAUUUCUUUUUCACGCAGCUUUCGCGAAAGCAUUUGUAAAUCUUGUGCAACAAACAAAAACAGUGCCCGUCAGAAGGAAAACAUAGAGAAAUUCCGACAGCAAAAAUGUGCCGACGUCAUUAAAAAUUAAAACGACAAAAAUGAUUUUGAGGCUGAUCCCGAGUUUAACCUCAAAUUCGUCGCCGAAUGCGAUGGGCACCGCUACUUCGUCUGCUGUGGUGGUCAGAUAAUGACUGAUUGUGAUUCAGUGUGUGUUUUGUGUUUGUGUUUUUGAGGUUUCUUUACCGUCUGCCUUCAUUUUCUGACGCUUCGCCAAGUACCUCUUAUUAAUUGCACACGUCGCGACGCUAGGAAAGCUCCGUUAUUUACACGACGGGAGUUCCAGGUUUAGUUCGGUCUAACGACACCUUUUCGGAACGUUAAGUUACAUAACUUCAAUUACACUGUGCUGCGGGUGCUGUAUAUGAUUAACUCCAAACAUGAGUUCGUUCGGCGUGUGGGACUACGCGGUGCUCGUGAUCGUACUGUUGGUGUCGGCCGGCAUCGGCGUUUACUAUAGGUUUUCCGGCGGCAAACAGAAAACCACCACGGAAUAUCUGCUCGCCGAUCGAAACAUGUCUAUUUGGCCGGUUUCGUUUAGCCUUAUGGCCAGCUUCAUGUCGGCCAUCACUCUGCUGGGAGUAUCCAACGAAAACUACCAGUUCGGAACGCAAUUCGUGGUGAUCAACCUAUCGUAUGGUUUGGCUACCCCGAUUGCAGCCUAUCUAUUCCUGCCGGUGUUCUUCAAACUGGAAGCAAGCAGUGCCUACGAAUACCUGGAGAUGCGUUUCGGCAAAAAGACCCGAUUGGUAGCCUCGUUAGCGUAUCUAUUGCAAAUGAUUCUCUACAUGGGCAUUGCGGUGUAUGCUCCGGCGCUGGCGCUCGAGGCCGUCACCGGUUUGGACCAAGUCUAUUCCAUCCUGACGAUCGGAAUCAUAUGCACAUUCUACUCGACGAUCGGCGGUAUGAAAGCGGUGCUAUUCACGGAUUUGUUCCAGUCGUUCCUGAUGUUUGCCGCGAUCUUCGCGGUAAUUAUCUGUGCAGCGAUUGACGCCGGUGGACUGGACAAAAUUUGGGAAACUGCUGAAAAAGGUGGCCGAUUGGAGUUUUGGAAUUUCGAUCCAGAUCCAACGACUCGUCAUACCUGGUGGUCUCUGGUUAUCGGAGGAAUGUUUACCUACCUAUCGCUGUACGCAGUUAAUCAGACGCAAGUUCAACGACUUAAAACCGUCAAGGAUCUUAAGUCGGCCCAACGGGCACUAUGGCUGAACUGGCCAAUACUUUCGUUGUUAAGUUUAACAACCUCGUUCAGUGGCCUUGCAAUUUACUACUACUACAGUACCUGCGACCCGCUGAAACAACAACGAAUAAAAGUUCGGGACCAAACGAUGCCACUGUUCGUAGUGGAUGCCAUGGGGGACAUUCCUGGCCUACCAGGUCUCUUCGUAUCGGGGAUAUUCUCCGCAAGUCUGUCUACUGUUUCGGCUGCACUCAACUCACUAGCCGCCGUUACUUUGGAGGACUAUUUGAAACCGCUAUAUGCAAAAAUCAUGAAACGCCCGCUUCCGGAUAUGCAGUCCAGUUUUCCGACCAAGGUAAUGGCAUUCAUAUACGGGAUCAUCUGCUUGGCGGUUGCCUUCAUCGCCCAGUUCAUGGGAGGUGUUCUGCAAGCUUCGCUGACAAUCUUCGGAGUCGUCGGUGGGCCACUGUUUGCACUGUUUUCUAUGGGAAUGUUCACCAAACGGGCAAAUCAAAGGGGAGUUAUUACCGGUCUGCUGAUAGGCAUGUCAUUUUCUCUCUGGAUUGGAUUUGGUCAACCGAAACCACCACUUAAAAUGCUGGACUUUUCUGUAGAAGAUUGCAGUCGCUUCGGUGGAUACAAUUCUUCCACAAUCUCCCCGAUCAUCAGAGCACCCGAAUCGGACUAUUUCUAUCUGUAUCGAUUGUCGUACCUGUGGUCAGUUGUUCUGGGAUAUCUGGUAACGUUCGUAAUCGGAUACAGCACCAGUUUACUUCUGAGAAGCAUCGGUUAUCAAGGAACAGAACGAAUUUAUCUAGACAACGAUAGAGUUUACAUAAACACCGAUCUAUUUUCACCUCCUAUAGCGAAAAGAAUAAAACGAAGUCUUGCUAAGCACAUUGAAAAUGGAGGCGAGAUCGAGAUCACCAAACCCAAUGGCAAUCUAAAAGCUAACCUCAGUCACCUUUAAAAAAUCAACACAUUGAACAUCUUUAGUUUGUAACAUAACUUCAUGCAGUACCUUCUGAGUUGGGUCACAACAAAUCUGUUUCGAUUAUACGUAUUCUACGAAUGACUGGUGCAUUUGUGUGUGAUCUCCAUCCAGCCUCUUAACCCUCCCCAAUCGAUAGCAACUGCUCAAUGUAGGCACACAACUUAAAAACAGAAUCUAUACCGACAGCCAAAGGUACAGUUCAACUAGCCUGCGAAAGAUAGCAUGCGAAUCAAACUGAAGUCUUCCAAGAUACAAUAAAGUUAGUGAAACUGUUGUUAGUAUUAGGCACAAACUUAUGUUUACUUAAGAAAUUGAUUGAAAAGAUGUAAAGUUGUCUAAUUUAUUGUUACUUUACCGUAUUAGUUGCCAAUAGACGCAAGUGAGAGAGCUUAUUGUAAAACUAGCUCAGCAUUGUUUAAUUAAGUGAUGUAAAUAUACAGCAAUGGUCAAAUAUUGUCGAACAAAUAAAAAUUGGAUAUACAGGUGUGUAAUAAGCCAA